UGGGGCAAUUUACAUAAAUAAAUAAAGUGGGAGAAUUAUUUACGUAAAUGUGCAAAUCUGUUUGUUGUUACAAUUUUGUGCAAAAAUGAAUUUUAUGUAAACCGUGGCAACCCACCACGGUUUCAAAACAAACAUAAACCGUGGGAGGUCACCACGGAUUAGGAAGAAAUUGGUUUACAUGUAAACCGUGGGAGGUCACCACGGUUUACGUAGGAAAAUGGGUGUGCAUAAACCGUGGAGAGUCACCAUGGUUUAUGAGGAAUCAACUUUGAAUGUAAAACCCGGUAACCCACCGCGGUUUACGUGUAUCUAUAUAUAUAUGUAAUCCGCUGAAGGCUGGGACGGAUUCAUUUGCAACCUUUGGAAAAAAAGUUGGAUUCAUUGUGGUAGAGAGAGUUUGGGAAAAGGUUUGGAGGUAGUGAAGGAGAAGUGGGUGGUGGGGCCAAUGGAGGAUGAGGAUCGAUUGUACCGACUAAAUGGCAUCGCUCACGUGGCAGGAAAUAUCGACGAAGAGCCUAGUAGGGUUAUUACAGCUGUUAGGCGGCAGCAGAAUAUGCCCUUACAUGACCGGAUUAUACCCUAUCUGGAGACUGCGGGGUUGUAUCAUCUUGCUAGGCUAAACAGUCAGUGGUUCUGAGUUGAUGAGUCUCUGCUUAGCGCAUUUAUUGAGCGUUGGCGUCCGGAGACGCACACGUUCCAUAUGCCGUUUGGUGAGUGCACCAUUACUCUACAGGAUGUUGCGUAUCAGCUGGGUUUGCCGAUUGAUGGUGCACCCGUUAGUGGGUGCUUGACUGAGUUUGAGAAUCUGAUGGAACACGGUAGACCAGCAUGGGUGUGGUUCCGGGAGUUGUUCGGGGAGUUACCUCCGCAGAGUAAAGUGAAGCAGAUGACAAUGUGCUACACCUGGUUCCACGAGAGGUUCCGUGUUCUCCCUGCAGAUGCUACUGAUGAGACCGUUCGUGUAUACGCACGGGCUUAUAUCCUGAUGCUGUUGUCGUCUCAGCUGUUUGCGGACAAGAAUGCAAACAGGGUACACCUUCGCUGGUUGCCUUAUUUGGCAUCAUUGGAUGACUUGGGCAGAUAUAGCUGGGGAUCCGCUGCACUAGCCUGGUUGUAUAGAUGUCUUUGUCGUGGUACAAACAGGAACGUCGUUAACUUGGCUGGGCCGCUACACCUACUACAGUCUUGGAUUUUCUGGAGGUUUCCCACUCUGAGGCCCACUGGUUUUGACCGGUUUGGUUUUCCGCUUGCUUCUAGGUGGGCGGAGUUUGUUCCGAGGAACGAUGCAGGGGCACAGAGAUUAGUUUCCGCACGCCUUGCACUUGAUCGGUUGCCGUGUGGCGCACAGGUUCCUAUCCCCAAAUGUAGCAUUUCAGGAUCCGAGGCCGAUUGUGUUGACUGAGGAGGCGCGUCACAGAGGGUCGUCCCAGGCACCUCCUAGAGUUCAUGUUUAUGACAGACCAGAUAACAGACGAGUUGAUAGGCGUCGCCGUAUUGGGACCCGGACCACCGAUCGCGAGUGGAGGGAGUUUGCCGACCGAUUGGAGCAGGACGUUCCUGGAGCUGAGGCUGGGGAUCCAGUGGACUACCGUGUUCCUCGACGUAGAGGCAGACGGCCACCUACGCGGCCUGACCGUCGAGGUGGGCCUGAUGGAGGACCAUCCGAGCAGGGGGGCGGCACUGGUCACGUCGCCGCUGAGGAUGUAGUUGGAUCAGCAUCAGCCAUGGAUCAGCCGACGUUCGACGUGGGUUCUAGCUCACAGAUGUUUGGGAACGUGAGCCCAUAUGGUUUUGCCGAGUUUACGACCGCGACUGUUGGGGUGGACAUUGCUGAUCCCGUUACUGAGUCCGAGUUUUAUAGAGACAUAGCUGACAUGCUUAGGGAUGAUGAUCAGACCCAUUAUAGGCCACAGAUGCCUGAGGAGCAUGGCCAGUUUGGUGCUCAGCAGCCAGGCAGUGACGAUGUUCAGGCUCAGUUGGCAGUUGACCUGAACGAGCCAGCAGUUUCGCCGUCCGACCCAUGGUUUGCUUUAGGAGGUACACCGGCCUCCGCUUUCAGCGCAGCUCCCGCACACCCCACAGCACCAGCGCCAGAUCAGCGACCUAGGCGGGUUAGACGUCCUACUUUGUGUGGCACCGGAGGGCACUUGCUUGGCCAGUUCGAUGACGAUGACAGUGACACCAUUGAGGAUUCUGAUUAGUUAUGCUAUAUGUUCCUGUCCAGUACUUUGUUUCUUUAUUUAUGUAUUGAUCAUGGUAGUUAUGUUAUGUGUUGAUCAUGUUAGUUAAGUUAUGUAUUGAUCUUGGUAGUUACGUUAUGUAUUCAGCAUGCUAAUUACUUUAUGUAAUGUGCAUGAUUGUUAGUGUUUAUGUAUUUCAGACUUACUGUUAAAUAAUAUUUAUCUUUUGACUAUGUAGUGACUGCCUGAUUCAGAGUA